UGACCGAGUCUUGCACUCAAUCGGUUUAUCGAUUGUAUCCGUAAAUACGUUUGUUUCGGCGUACUGUACACGUAUGCAAUUCAAAAUAACAUAUACUGUUAAUGACAUCGAUCUAAACUUCACCUACCCGUCGAUCAUUUCAAAAUACGUUUAUAUUAAAUCAUAAAUCGGCACACGAUUUAAUUUCAAAAGUGUGUGUACCAGACAAACAGUCGAACGCGCGGAGUUUUAGAGUUUACACAUGGAUUUGGAAAUACAGUGCAUGAUUGUUAUACUUGGAUUGUUUGCUACUGCUCAAGUCUGCUCGGGCGUCGGCGUAUGCUUCAGAUGUGAUCGUGACAGAUUAGCUCCCACUUCUGGGGCUUCAAGUAGCCGCGACGGGUUAGUCGGUGGUUUGGUGGCCCUGGGGGUAGCGGUGGUAGCGUUCUUGGUCUUACUUAUUAUUUGUUGCUUGAAGAAAAAAGGAAAAAUCUGCGACCCCCGUAAAUUGAAAACUAAACGAAACGCAACCGUAAACACGGUAGAAACUGGAAUCAACCAGACAAACUAUUCCACAACGGCGUCAACCAUCCGGCCGCCGCCGCCGAAAUACACCGAGGUCGAUUCCUCGGUGCGAUACGAAAAUAAGCCGGCGUCGACAAUGGAUCCCGCAUAUCCAGCGCCCUAGUGAGUUCAACGAUACGUAGCGCUGCAAAGAUUCACGCGAUGCGUCAACUAAUGUAAAAUCAUUCAUAAUCGUUAGCAUGAAAUUUAUUUAAGGUUUUUGCUAUAAAAAAAGAGAUUUUUUUAAGGAUAAGGAACUUCAUGGAUUUCUGAUUUCAGUAAACACUUGCUUCUUUAGGAAUUUACUUCGGUCUUUUUCCGAUGUGUUUGCAACACAUGUCGGUGAUAUGUCGCGGUGGGCAGAGAGAGUCACUUGAUGGAGGUGGACCCUCUUGAUCAGCUGCAAAUAAAGUAGUCCAAUGUUAUAUGAUGACAACAACCGACCGUGUUUAUUGCAUGCACAUUAGCUUCAACACGCGGUUUUUUUGUUAACUGCAAGGUGUGGCUUCAAUCCGCCGUAUAUUAGCUUUUUCGUAUACACGUGUAUAACAUCCUUGAAAAACACUCAAUUGGCAUGAAGGUUCUUCACAAUUAGCUCCUUUAAAUUCUUCCUGUACGAAGUUAACAUGAUUGGUAGAAUCUUACUGCAUUAGCGUUUUACUGGUAGAGUGUCAGUUAUUUGUUAAGUGGUUGAUCUUUUUCUAUAUGAUUAUAUAUGCAAUACACGACCAGCCUAUUUCGAACGAGUGUGUUAAAUUUGUUUAUUUCAUUAUCAUCUAUCAUAAAGAUUUUAAUAAAAAAUCAUGUUUUGUUUGUGUGUGUGUGUGUAAUUUUAUCAUCAUAUGUUAUAGUGUUUUCCUCUAAGCCAUACUUUUUAUUCAAGCUGUAUAUAAAAUAACAUUUCAUUCCAUACCAAACAGUUUUAAAUUGUUACCAGAAAAACAUGACGAGUAUGUGUUCUUGUUUUUUUAUUAAGGUAUGUAUAUGAUAUAAUGAUUAAACAUGCAAGAACAUCAA